GACUCCCACCUCGCGAACCAAAGGUGCCUACCAGCUCACACCCUGACUACCAACCUCCCGCCAGCCUCACUCGCGCUAUAAAUCGAGCUUUAACCCAAUCCAAACACCCUUCAUCACUUAUCAUCGAAGUCAUGGACUCAUUCACCACGCUUGACUUGACCAUUCAUCCCUCUGAGACUGUUCACGUCGAACAGGAUCCCGCCUCCAUCCCCGUUAACGAGGAUACCCCUUGGCGCCCGGGCACUUACUGCGUCAUUGCUUAGAGCGUCUUCGUCGUCACCAAAACACAUUAUCCCCCCUCCCCCCAACUCAUCCAUCUACCCCCACACUUCUUGUGGGGGUCAUUUUACCUAUCUUCGACUUCACCCUCGCUACAUCAGCGACAUGCCAACCACGUUUCAUCGUAACCAAACACAUUACCACCCCCCUCCCCACAAUCCAUCAGUCGACUACCACACUUCUUGUGGGAGUCAUCUUACCCAUCUUCGACUUCACCUUCGCUUAAUCAGCGACGUCUACACGACGUUUCAUCG